AUGAAGCUGUUUUACAUUGCACUCUUCACCAUUCAACUCCGAAACAUUGAUGCAGUGUCAGAACCUAUGCCAUUUAAAGAACACAAACUCCUGAAAGCUGAUUGUAAUGAUACAGGUGUUUUAGCUGCUGUGGAUUUCGCACUUCGUAAAUUCAAUGUGGAACAGAAAGCAGGGAAUAAAUUUGCUCUUUAUAGAGUAACUUCUGCUCAAACUCAAGUUCAGGAAGUAUAUGGACUCAAAUACAUUGUGGAAUUUAGCAUCUAUGAAACAGACUGCCCCAUUGAAAGCACAACGCUCUGGAAAAGAUGCAACUACAAUAAACCAAAAAUUGCUUCUUCUGGUAUAUGCGAUUCAGAGACGAUCAUCAAUAGAAUCAUGAGAAGAAAUGACGUGAUUUCACUCAACUGCACAGUUUCUCAAGAUCACAGCUGGAUUUUUCCUGAAAGAGAACCAUGCCUUGGAUGUGAAAAAUCAAUGGAAGCUGAUAACCACACACUAAAUAAAGUCAGUGCCUCUGUUACUGAAGAAUUCAACAGGAACAGGACAUUCACAAAUUACUUUCGGAUUGCAAGAGUACAGAAAUUAAGCGAACAGGUGGUGGCUGGACUACUAUACCGAAUGGAAUUCUUGCAUCGUGAAACUGAAUGUGGCAAAGAUCAACCUUUACUUUAUGAAAAUGUUAUUAAAUGCCCUUUCAAGGCUAAUGGUACGCGGCUGCUAUGUUCUUCGACGGUAAUUGAAAAAGGAUGGUUAAAUAGUACUUCUGCAACUGUGACUUGUCAGGAGAUAACACCGUCCACGUUUGCAGAUGAGAUAUGGGGACCAUUUAUGUUGCUAGAUACUCAAACAGGAAAUGUCAGAAGAGGUUCACUGUCGGAAACGAACUCUGCCUCUGUAGAAAUCCUUGACUCUGCAGAAGAGCAUGACCUCAGUACCUGCCCAGGAGAACCAUGGAAGUCCUUGCAUCAUGUUAAACCUGCUUCUCCACCUAAUAGUGAUCACCAUGAAAGUCAUGAAAGUGCAGAAGCACCCGCAGAUAUUCCUGACUUAUUUGCUUCUGUACGAUCAGCAUAAUCUU